GAGCGCCGCCAUCUUGGACCUGCCCGGGAAAGAUCCUGAGGGAGCUGCCGGAGCAGGCGCCGCCGCCACCGCUACUGCCUCCGGCGCGUCUGCACCUCCUCGGCCAGCCCGCUCCUUGCCGGGGCCUCGGCCGACCGCCCGUGUCCCUCUCCCGCUGCGCCCGCACUCCUCUUCCUCGUCCUGACGCCCCCCUCCCGCCCGGAAAGCUGCCCAGCCACCAGCACCCCCCCAGUGCCACCAUGGCAACUGCACCAUACAACUACUCUUACAUCUUUAAAUAUAUUAUUAUUGGGGACAUGGGAGUAGGAAAAUCUUGCUUGCUUCAUCAAUUUACAGAAAAAAAAUUUAUGGCUGAUUGUCCUCACACAAUUGGUGUUGAAUUUGGUACAAGAAUAAUUGAAGUUAGUGGCCAAAAAAUCAAACUGCAGAUUUGGGAUACAGCAGGACAGGAGAGGUUUAGGGCUGUUACACGAAGCUACUACAGAGGAGCUGCGGGAGCGCUUAUGGUAUAUGAUAUCACUAGAAGAAGUACAUAUAACCACUUAAGCAGCUGGUUGACAGAUGCAAGGAAUCUCACCAAUCCAAAUACUGUAAUAAUUCUCAUAGGAAAUAAAGCAGAUUUGGAGGCGCAGAGAGAUGUUACAUAUGAAGAAGCCAAACAGUUUGCUGAAGAAAACGGCUUAUUGUUCCUUGAAGCAAGUGCAAAAACGGGAGAGAACGUAGAAGAUGCUUUCCUUGAGGCUGCCAAGAAAAUCUAUCAGAACAUUCAGGAUGGAAGCCUGGAUCUGAAUGCUGCCGAGUCUGGUGUACAGCACAAACCUUCAGCCCCACAGGGAGGCCGGCUAACCAGUGAACCCCAACCCCAGAGAGAAGGCUGUGGCUGCUAGUGACCUCUUUGCUGUGGCUCUCAUUUGACCUUUCACCUCUGUCUGUUGGAAGCAGUACUUUUUACUGCUUCAUUGUCUUCUGUACAUCUUACUGGGUUUAAUUAAAAAAAAAAAAGGAAAAAAACAAUUCUGUUGUAAAAACAGUUUAACACAAUACUAAACUGCUAAACAACUAGAUGUAAUCAGGUUAUCAAAGGCAAGUAGAGUAAUAAAUCUCUCCUGCAUGGUAAAUGUAGACUUUUUUUUCCCCUUGAUUGUCUUCGUAAUAGGUAUGUCACCAGUACAUGAUUUAAACUGA